UGAUACAGUGUGGCGGUGACAGCAGUUGGGCCCAACGGCACCACAAAAAAACCCCUAUUUGCCGCCUAAUCAUAGAACAGCGUGGUCCCGUAUAGUCCAAUUUAGGCUUACCCACAUACGCUCACCUAGCAUGCUCUCUAAGGCCACUCACUUCCCUUUACCCCCCUAAUACCUAAAUUUACCGCCAACCUCUCCUUUUCUCUUCUCCUUCCCCCCCUUCCCUUUUCUGCGACUACCUGCUUUUCUUACUAAAUACACUCGACCAGUAAUUCUGCUCCGUCUCUCUUCCUCCACCCACACCUCAACCAACUUACUUCCACCACACUUGCUACCUCUCUCCCUCUCUCACUCACUCACUCAACUUGACCUUCAUCACCACCUUAUCCUCUCCUCUUUCUCGUCCCUAGUUUCCCACCUUUUUUAAUAGUUCUUUCCCUUCUCGUUUCCUUUUUUUUUCUUUCCCCCUCGUAGUAAUCCCAUUCAGUCAUCAUGGAAGAGGAAGUUGCUGCUCUCGUCAUUGACAAUGGUUCGGGUAUGUGCAAGGCCGGUUUCGCCGGUGACGAUGCUCCCCGUGCUGUCUUCCCUUCCAUUGUCGGUCGUCCCCGUCAUCAUGGUAUCAUGAUUGGUAUGGGUCAGAAGGACUCUUAUGUUGGUGAUGAGGCACAGUCCAAGCGUGGUAUCCUCACUCUCAGAUAUCCCAUCGAGCACGGUGUCGUCACAAACUGGGAUGACAUGGAGAAGAUCUGGCAUCACACAUUUUACAACGAGCUCCGUGUUGCUCCUGAGGAGCACCCGGUUCUCUUGACCGAAGCCCCUAUUAACCCCAAGUCCAACCGUGAGAAGAUGACCCAGAUCGUCUUCGAGACCUUCAACGCCCCCGCCUUCUACGUCUCCAUCCAGGCCGUCCUGUCCCUGUAUGCCUCCGGUCGUACCACCGGUAUCGUUCUGGACUCUGGUGACGGUGUCACCCACGUUGUCCCCAUCUACGAGGGUUUCGCCCUCCCCCACGCCAUCUCCCGUGUUGACAUGGCUGGCCGUGAUUUGACCGACUACCUCAUGAAGAUCCUGGCUGAGCGCGGUUACACGUUCUCCACCACCGCUGAGCGUGAAAUUGUCCGUGACAUCAAGGAGAAGCUUUGCUACGUCGCCCUUGACUUUGAGCAGGAGAUUCAGACCGCCUCUCAGAGCUCUAGCCUCGAGAAGUCCUACGAGCUUCCUGAUGGCCAGGUCAUCACUAUUGGUAACGAGCGUUUCCGUGCUCCUGAGGCUCUCUUCCAGCCUAGCGUUCUGGGUCUGGAAAGCGGUGGUAUUCACGUUACCACCUUCAAUUCCAUCAUGAAGUGUGAUGUUGAUGUCCGUAAGGAUCUCUACGGUAACAUCGUCAUGUCUGGUGGUACUACCAUGUACCCUGGUAUCUCCGAUCGUAUGCAGAAGGAAAUCACCGCGCUUGCCCCCUCGUCUAUGAAGGUCAAGAUCAUUGCUCCUCCUGAGCGUAAAUACUCCGUCUGGAUUGGUGGUUCCAUCUUGGCUUCCCUGUCCACCUUCCAGCAGAUGUGGAUCUCCAAGCAGGAGUACGACGAGAGCGGUCCUUCGAUCGUUCACCGCAAGUGUUUCUAAGCUCUUGCGCAUGAUUAGUCUUUUUCGUCGUAUUUUCCUGUAUUAAAAUAUCAAACGGGGACUGGCGACAUGCGGGCCUCUCUGACUCGCACUAGGAGGAAGAUCGCCUGAAAAAGGAACUUUGUUUUAGCUGUGGAAUAGAGAUGGUUUCUUUGAGACGCUUGUCGCUCGAUGCGGGCGCUUUCGCUGGCAGUAAGUUGUUCCUGAGAGCAAGAAGGGGAAGAGAAACGUAGGUGAAGGAUGUACAUGGGUCAUGUGGAUGGUGGGGUGAAAGCUCUAUUUCAUAUAGUUCUACGCUCGUGUUUGAAUCCUUAUUUCCAUCCUGGAUCCUUUUCCCUAACGAAUUUUCGCCUCCGGGCUGGCUACGAUUUUAAGAUGCUGUUGAAACAUUAUUAUUCUGGCCCGAUUCACGCGGGGCUUAACUUCAAAUUGACUGUGUCUUGUCACAA